GAGCUUUUUUUUUUUUUUAAGAGGAAAAAAGAGGCAACCACAAUUUAAAAAAAAAAUAAGCCAACGAUUCUGUUCUUGCCCGCUGCUCCUCUUUCAUUUUGCUUUCGUCUCGCCCUGCUUUUUGAUCUGUCCAGGACAAUCGCCACUCCUCCUGGGAAGGGGAAAAAAUGGAUUCCACAAUGAAUGCAGCACGGAGGUCAGCCAGGAUAGAUUCAGAAGUGACAGAAUCCCAGAUGGAACCCUCCAUCAAUGCCACCGAGAUGCCCUCCAAGGAGAACGUUUUUUCAAACAUGAAAGAUAAAUUCAUGAACAAAUUGGGGAAACUGCCAAUACCACCAUGGGCUUUGGCCACCAUUCUCAUUGUUGCUGGCCUCUUGCUUCUCUGCUGCUGCUUCUGCGUUUUUAAAAAAUGCUGUGGCAAGAAGAAGAAAGGGAAGAAAGGCAAAGACAAAGUCAAGGCACAAAUCAACAUGAAGGAAGUGAAGGAGUUGGGCAAAAGCUACAUUGAUAAGGUACAGCCAGAGGUUGAGGAUUUAGAUCCAUCAUUGUUACAGGAAUCCGAAGUAGAGAAGCCAGAGGAGAAACUGGGGAAACUCCAGUACUCUCUCGAUUAUGACUUCCAGAGCACACAGCUGGUUGUGGGUAUUAUACAAGCUGCUGACCUCCCAGCGCUGGACAUUGGGGGCACCUCUGAUCCUUAUGUCAAAGUCUUCCUGCUUCCAGAGAAGAAGAAAAAGUUUGAAACCAAAGUUCAUCGCAAAACUCUCAAUCCUACAUUUAAUGAAUCUUUCACCUUUAAAGUCCCUUAUUCAGAACUCGGUGGUAAGAUCCUCGUCAUGGCCGUCUACGACUUUGACCGUUUCUCCAAGCAUGAUGUCAUUGGUGAGAUCCGUAUCCCCAUGAACACGGUGGACCUGGCACACGUGAUUGAGGAGUGGCGAGAUCUGCAGUCAGCAGAGAAGGAGGAGCAUGAGAAGUUGGGAGACAUUUGUUUUUCACUCCGAUAUGUCCCUACUGCUGGGAAACUGACAGUGAUUGUGCUAGAAGCCAAAAAUCUCAAAAAGAUGGAUGUGGGAGGGCUUUCAGAUCCAUAUGUGAAGAUCCAUCUCAUGCAGGGAGGGAAACGUAUCAAGAAGAAGAAAACAACCAUCAAGAAAAAUACACUGAAUCCCUAUUAUAAUGAAUCCUUCAGCUUUGAGGUGCCUUUUGAACAAAUCCAGAAAGUCCAAGUUGUCCUGACGGUGCUGGAUUACGAUAAACUAGGCAAGAACGAGGCCAUUGGGAAGAUCUUUGUAGGCUGUAAUGCCACGGGUACCGAGCUGCGCCAUUGGUCUGAUAUGCUGGCCAAUCCCCGGAGACCUAUUGCUCAGUGGCACACUCUGCAACCUGAAGAUGAGGUGGACGCAGCAAUUGGAAUUAAGACCUCUUGAUAUCCUUCAUUUCCAAGCCGACUUCUCCGGCAACCAUUCCAUCUCCCAUCCAAAGCAAAUGGGAGUGUGUGUUGAGGCUCCCCUGAAUAUGCCUGUUGGGGGGGGAGGGAAGGUAACCUGUGAGCUUGUCUCUUUUCUCAGAGCCAUUUCUUGUUUGGAAAAAAAAAAAACCUCAGAGAGAAAAAAAAAACUUUUUAACCCACUGUGUGAAAAAAGAAAAGAAUGCUUACUUAGUAAUUGGAGACAAGUGACAGAUUUACUAUGUCAACCAUGAAGCUUACAAAGCAAUUUAUGCAGAUUUAGAUACAUAUUUUAGAUUUGAUUUAUGCAUUUGAAAAUCAAGCCUUAUGUAAAAACAGCCUUCCCCCCCUCAAAAGCAUUACUAAAUAGUAAUAGUUUAUCUGUCAAAUAUGGCAAUCAGACUUAUUUACUGUUAAUUCUCUUUAUUUGAUUUCACUAUAGGUUCAAAAUUAAAUUUCUUUAAGGGAUAUCAUUUCAUACACAUUUUGAAUGUGCUGUGUUACCAUAUUUGAAUAUUAGACCUUGUAUUGAAAUCUAUAGUCAACAAUAUUUACAAAUAUAUGUUUAAUAAGAGAUUUUCUAAAAGUUGCAAAUGAGCUCCAAUUACAAUAACUAAAAAUUUUGGAGACUGUAUUAUAAAACAACUUUAUAAAACUAGAUCUUGGAUGAAAAUAUAAAAGAACACUUGAAAACUUAGUUUAAAAAUAAGUUUUCUACUAUUUCAUAGUGGCUUUAAGAUGACUAAGGCUAGAAUUUAUAUCCAUUUAGCUGGAAGUAAAUUUAUUUAAUUCAAAGAUAUUCUGAGAAGAUGUUAUAGGUUUGCAGGAUAAGAGUGAGAUUAGAUUUUCUGGAUUCUGUACUUCAGAUAUACUCCUCCUUAUUAACACUCUAUCCAAAAUAGGACUAGGUAGGUUAAAAUUGUAAAAUGUCAUAUGUGUAGAUUCCAUAUGUAACAUUUUAGUAAACAUAAUGUAGGAUAUUCUAACCAUCUUCCACAUACUAGAAACAAUAAUUUAUAGAGCCUGCAGUUUGAUGCUAGAAUAUAAUAGUGUGUUAAGCUAUUCAUAAGGUUUGUUGGUUUGUUUUCAAUUACAUUUUUUGGGUUUUAUAACAGUUUUGCUUAUGCAUUUAUCUGUUUGACAACUUGUGCUUUAUAAUAUGUAUGUUUAUGAAAUGUUUGAUAUUAAUAAGAGUAUUAGGGAAAAUUUGCUACAAACUUCCUGAAAGCAGGUUAUAUUUACUAGCAUUUUACUACCCAACUUGUAAUAAUUUUGCUUUGUUAAAACAUGUUUACAUUUUUGCUACAAGCUUAAAACUAAUUUAUUAUACAAUUGCAAUAGGUUUCCUGUUUAUUAGAAAGCAGUUUGAAGCAUUUUAUAAAUGGAAAAAAUACAUUUAUCCAAGAAGUUUACUCUUGGAUUUAAAAUGUUUGACAGUAGUUUUACAAAGGCCUAAAACAUGUUUACAAUGCUUUUGGUAUAGCAACAUUACAAUUUAUUAGACAUAUUCUAUAAUUGUUUAAAAUUUGGAUGACUUGCUAAGAAUUUAUAAGCUGAUUACACUGCCAGCUAUUUUCAGCAGAAUCAAAAUUAAGGGGAAUAAAUAUAAACUACAAAAGUUUUGUUUUAUAAUCCUGAAUUAAAAUACAUAUAUGUAACUUUUAUGCCAAAAUUUUGUCUAUGUUAGCAAAUUCUGGAUAGGAUCAUAAUCCUUCAAAAAUAUGCCCUUCUUUAAAAAAUAAAAUAAAAUUAGACUUUUUGAUACUAAUAUUAGAAUUUUUACCCAUAUUUUUAUAGCACUUGCUGAAAUUGAUUUCUCAUCCCAUUACUAUAGUUUUAAAUCUUGCAGGUGCUUUUAGCUCCAAGGGAAGGGAUAACCCACCUUUACAAGAGAAUAACCAUCAUUUUAACAAAAGCCUCACCUCUAAGACUACCUAUUAAUGACUGUAUUAGAAAAAAGACUAAGGGUAAAGCAUUACUAUUCUCAAUACAUGAUUAUACAAAUAUUUAUAGAAAAAGAAUGCUACAGUUCUUAUCUAAUAGUUCUAGUUGAGGCAAAAUUGCUUAUUUCCACUUCCUAAUUUUGGCUAUAAAUUAAUGGUUGUUUUUUAACCUUGCUGUAAAAUAAGAACUGAGGAAAAAGAAAUGGGAAUAAGAUCUUACAGUGCAAUCCCUAUAUACUAUACCCAUCGCUUAUAUAUAUAUAACUAAUGGAGCUAAAUGGAUAUAGGAUUGAUGCCUUAGUAAUUCUGUUUUAGGGAGAAAAUUUUUAACAACAUCUAGAACAAACAGAUAUACCAUUAUUUGUCCUCCUAUCACUGCUUUCACAUUCUCCUAGAUAGUCGUAUUUCUCAGUUUGGUGCCCUCCAGGUAUGCAAGUAAGGUUAUGACUUCAAUUAACCUGAGCCACUUAAGCUGGAGUGAGGGCAAAUGUAGUUUGUUGUAUCAGAAGUGCACAAAACUGAAGAGAGCUUCUAAGAAUUCGAUAGUUUCUAUGUCUUUCACCGAGCUGGUGAUAGAAAUGGUGAGAUGGCUGAAUCUAUAACAGUAUUGGAUAAGAGAAGCCACUGGGAUACUUUGAAAAGCUGAAGCAUGUUGUAUAGGGACGAUGUUUCAAAAGCCAUAGUCCACACCUUUGCUUAUUCCUGAGUAACAGGGUAUUUCACUUCCAGAAAAGCAUGCAAGAAUUUGUAAUAAGUGGCUUAAAAUUUAGGGUCUUUGACAAAGAAAAACAGAUGGUCUGCUUAUAGGUAGUCCUCAAUUUAUGACAACUGAGCCCAAAAUAUUUGUUGUUAAGCAAGAAAAUUGUUAAGCCCCAUGUUAUAAUAUUUUUUGCGCAGUUGCUAAGCAAGUCACUGCUGUUGUUAACUGAAUCAUGAGGCGGUUAAGCAAAUCUGACUUUGCUUGAUAGAAACCAGCUGGGAAGGUUACAAGUGGGGGUCACAUAACCCCGGGGCAUUGCAGAUGUCAUAAAUAUAUGCCAGUUGCCAAGUGGCCAGAUUUUAAUCACUCAACCAUGGGGAUGCUGCAAUGGUCGUA